ACCAGCUAGGGCACUCGAAGCCUUCGAGAAAGAGCUAGCAGAAACCAGAGAGACGAUCCGAUGCAGACUGGACGCCACCAUGGACUCUCCGUGAUUCUGAUAGGAUUUAGCAUAAAUUUUCCUUCGUUUCAUAGGGCUUCUGCUUCGCAGAUGACUUAAGAAUAUGUAUCGUUAUAUCUCUCUUGGCAUUACUGGCAUCAAAACCAUUUGAGGCGAGCUUGAGAGAGAAGAAGAGGGCAGUAUGUGGUUACGGUAUGCAAAGCCUCUUUGGCAUUUAGAAGCCUUGAGAAAAUCCUCCAAGUCCCCGUGGAUUUUAUUGUCUUUGAAUUCUUACUCGGAUGCUGUGGACAGGGAAGCAAAGGCUGCUCCUUUACAGGAGACUAGAAUGAGAGACAAGUUUACAUUAUAUGCUAGAGGCGGUGAUGGCGGAAAUGGUUGUUAUAGCAUGCGUCGUAGCCGUCACGAUCGCUGCGGUAAACCUGAUGGUGGAAAUGGUGGAAGAGGUGGUGAUGUGAUUCUUGAAUGUUCCUCUGCAGUUUGGGACUUCAGUGGCUUGCAUUACCAUGUUAAUGCCUCAAGAGGGGGUAAUGGAACCUCAAAAAACCAGAUUGGAACUCGAGGGGUAGAUAAGGUUGUGCAAGUACCAGUUGGCACUGUAAUUCAUGUUAUGGAUGGUGAACUUCCAUCUGAGGUUGAAAAUUGUUCUUCGGCCGAUAUGGAUCCCUGGGAGCUUCCUGGUACUCUUGAUUCUGAGCCAUCUAAACUUGAUAUACAAGCUACCUCGAACAGUUCAAGAGCAGCAGAGGAAGUUGAGUCAGUGCAUGUUAGCGGAGACUCAUCAUCUUCUACUGAAAGAACUCUGGAGGAAUCACGGAGCCUGAGUCUAUCCUCUCAACCUGAGUUGAAUGAUGUGCAAUGCAUACAAUAUAAUGUCGCGGAAUUAACAGAACAGGGACAACGUAUAGUCAUAGCUCAUGGAGGAUAUGGUGGCUUUGGUAGUGUCUCUUCUCCAAAUGCUUCAAAGAAAGGUAAGGUUGCUAGUUCUAGGGCCCCUAUGGAUAAUGCUCGUGAGGCAUUAAAUGAUGAUCCAGGCUCUCGUAAGAUUGGUUUGCCGGGAUCUGAGGCCGUUCUUGUAUUAGAACUCAAGAGCAUUGCUGAUGUGGGCCUGGUGGGGAUGCCAAAUGCUGGCAAAAGUACUCUUCUGGGGGCUAUAUCAAGGGCUAAGCCUUCUGUGGGCCACUAUGCCUUCACAACUCUUCGACCAAACUUAGGGAAAUUGAAUUUUGAGGACUUCUCUCUCACGGUUGCUGACAUUCCGGGACUUAUAAAGGGGGCCCAUGAGAAUCGUGGACUAGGGCAUGCUUUCCUACGGCACAUUGAAAGAACAAAGGUUUUGGCUUACGUGGUAGAUUUGGCUGCUGCAUUAGGUGGUAAAAGAGGUCUUCCACCGUGGGAACAGCUGAGAGAUCUAGUCGUGGAGCUCGAAUACCAUCAAGAGGGUAUGUCUGAUCGACCAUCCUUGGUUGUGGCAAAUAAAAUAGACGAGGAAGGGGCUGAAGAGGUGUAUGAAGAAUUACAAAGGAGGGUGCAAGAGGUAUCAAUUUAUCCAGUGUGUGCGAUACUGGAGGACGGGGUACCAGAGCUAAAGACUGGUCUAAGGAUGCUUGUGAAUGGCGAGAAAUUGGAGAGGCUUUGUUUAGAUAAAAUUAUCCUUGAUUAGUUUGCUACCUGAUACUUAAUCAGUUCUUCAAUCAUUUAAUCAAAGAAACCCGAAGGCCUGACCACUGUAACUCAAAAGACCCCGUUCAAAUCAAAAUGGAGUAGCAUAGCAUGUACGCAGAGAGGAUGGACUGUCAACCAUAAGGGGGCAAGAUGAUACAUCUUCUAAUGACUUUUCCAGUCAUUAGUAUCGUCAUUUUGAUCAACAUAGCUGCAUGGUACAAAUUUUAUAUGUUUUGAACUAUUCUUGAAGGAGACUCCCUUCUUGUGAUUAAUGCAAUCAACACAGUCCCGGAAAUCCUAGCUCCCCAUGGGCUGCUUAUUGAGGAAAUUUGAAGAGCUGGAUCUGUUUUGAGCUGUGCUUUCUGCCAUGUUGGAAGAGCUGGGAAUGGGGUUGCAGACCACCUAGCCUUGUUAGAAAGACUGUCUGAUGUGGUUUAACGAUAAUUCUGUUCCUUCUGCUGUAAUGUCUGCUUGUGCAACCGAAUGCUCUGUACUGAACUUUGUUUAAUGGUAUCUUUAUCUUCUUUUCAAAAAA